AUUUAACGUAAAACAUUUCCGCCUUUUGCUUUUUGUACCCUUUGCUGCAUUUUGUGUUUCGUUGAGAUAACGACUGGGACAAGUCUCGUGAUUGUAAACAAUCAUGGAGGCAAAAUCAGCAUUUCUUCAGAUAUUUUCAUUCAUAGUAGGCCUAUCGGCUACACAUGCAGUGACGUAUACGCCCGACUGGAAGUCCUUAGACUCAAGGCCGUUGCCGGCAUGGUACGACGAGUCCAAAAUUGGUAUAUUCUUGCACUGGGGAUUAUUUUCUGUGCCCGCAUACAGGUCAGCUUGGUUUGUCUACUUUUACAAUCACAAAUAUCCUGACUACGUGCAGUUUGUACACGAUAACUAUGGACCAGACUUCACAUUUGCUGAUUUUGGACCGCGUUUCCACGCAUCUUUUUAUAACCCUGACGGAUGGGCAGAUAUUUUUGAAGCCUCCGGAGCAAAAUAUGUGGUGUUGGUUACAAAACACCAUGAAGGCUUCACCAUGUGGCCAUCCAACUAUUCCUGGAACUGGAAUGCUGGUGACGUUGGACCCAAAAGAGAUCUAGUGGCUGAGCUGGCCACUGCUGUUAAGAAGAAGAAGGAUAUGCAUUUUGGGGUGUACCAUUCUCUGUUUGAGUUCUUUAAUCCGUUAUAUAUCGCUGACAAGAAGAAUAAUUACAGGACUCAGGAAUUUGUUAGAAGAAAGACUAUGCCUGAGCUGUAUGAGCUUGUCAACAACUACAAACCUGAUGUUGUCUGGUCCGACGGUGACUGGGAGGCUGAGGAUACCUACUGGAACUCUACAGAAUUUAUUGCCUGGCUUUACAAUGAAAGUCCAGUGAAAGAUACAGUGGUGACCAAUGACCGCUGGGGAAAUAACACCAGAUGUCGACAUGGAGGCUUCUGGAACUGCAACGACAGAUUCAACCCAGGAAAACUAUUCACUCCCAAAUGGGAGAACUGUAUGACAGUGGAUAAAAGGGCGUGGACUCACCGCCGUGAUGUCACUGCCGAGGACUGUCGUUCUGUCAACGAACUGAUCACUGUGAUGGCCGAGACCGUUAGCUGUGGUGGUAACCUAUUAAUGAAUGUCGGCCCUACAGCUGAUGGACGAAUCAUCCCGAUUUUUGAACAGAGGCUGAGACAGUUUGGAGCAUGGAUGAAGGUCAACGGAGAGGCUAUCUACAAAUCUAAACCCUGGCACACACAGAGUGACACAUUUGACAAAAGUGUCUGGUAUACAUCCAAGAAAGACGCCAAUGGAACAUCUGUGUAUGCUAUUAUCCUAACAUGGCCAGAGUAUGAUGUACAGACCCUAGGAGCUCCAAUCACUGGACCAAACACGGUCAUCAAGAUGCUUGGAUAUGACAAACCGUUCAAGUUCUAUGCUGGACUAAACAACACAACCGAGAUCGUGUUUCCAAACAUUCCUGUCCCUUUGAUGCCUUCCUAUGAUGCAUGGGUCCUGAAGAUGACAAAUUUGGAAAACCAACAUGUACCAAAUCAUCACAAACCUGACAAAGAUGUCUUUGUCAAGCCUAUAGACAUGGUGGACUUCCUGUGAAACUGUUUUUUCUGACACCAUUGUUGUUUUUCUUAUUACAGGGAUGGUAUUCAGUUCAUUGUUUAAACAUAGUGACGGCAUAAUUCACAGGUUUUAUUUUGGUAUUUAAAAAAAAGAGCAGCAUUUUUUAAAAUUAUAUUGACAGGAUGUCAAAUUAGGCACGAUAUUUUUGUACCAAUUGCCAAGUCCCUGUGAGUUUUUAUGAUAUUUAUAAUCCACUCCACCACUUCACACAUCACUAGUUUAACAAGCUUUUGUCCCUUUGUGAGAUUUUAUGAAAACACUCAAAACUAGACGAAACACAUUUGAAAUUGAUUACGAAAUGUUUUAAAUAAUUAUAGAUUUUGUUUUGUAUACACUAUUCUAUCCCAUAUAGAUCUGAGUUAACAUGUUCAACUUAAAUUUGGCAGUAAAUUUGAAUAUUAUAUUUAUAAGAGAGUUUGAGCAAUACAAAUGGUAAAACUUCUACUGAGGACCGAUCCUGCGAUCAUUAUAUCUUUAGUCUGUUACUAAAGAAAAACAAGGCCUGUUUCAUUCACUGUGGACUAAAUAGUUAAUCUAUAAGAUGAGAUAUGUUCAUUUACAGACAUUUUAGUCUGAUGUCACUUUCAGACAAGUCUUGUCAAAGACUUUUAAAUCCUGUAUUAACAUCUGCAGCUCAUUCAAGAUGUAAUAAGCCUGAAAUGUUACAUUAAAUAAUUGACAAACUGGUUUGUCCUCAGAGAAGUGAAAUAGCCUUCAUUUAGAUGACUUCUAUAUGUUGUAUACUCAUUUUUAACACGCUUACAUCUUAUUAAACAUAUUGUAAAUGUUUACUUAUAUUUCUAGUGCUUAUGUUUCAAAAUAUUUUGUUUUUCUUAUUGUUACUUAAUAUAUUAUUAUGGCAAUCUCAUUUGAUUUUCAUUAAUCAUUAUUUUGUUUUCCUUUUUUGAAAUUAACGACAAGAUUUUGUAAAGAAAUAUCUUUGUUUUAUAAUUCAUCGGUUAGAUUAUUUGGCUUUUUUGCUCAUGUAAAUAUAUGUUUUUCAAAGUAUUCCAUUGAUGAGAUUGUCUUGUGGAAUAAAAAUCUGGCAUGAUUUUAUUCCUAAUAUUUUUUUCAAACAUUCCAAUAGAAAUGUUUUUGUGAUGCAUGUCAAUUAUCUCAUAGAGUUAUUUUCAGAUUGCUUUCACUCACCUGAUUUAUGAGUAGAAUGAAUGGUAUUUUUUAUUCUAUACAUGUAAAUAUUCUAUUUUCAGAUAUUGUGAACAGUAAUGAUGAUGUGUUGAUUUUUCUUCGAAAAUCUAUAUGUGUUAAAACAAUAAAAGCACUAGAAGUAAUGAAAUUGAAAAUAUAUAUAUAUCUUACCUACAUAUUAUGUAUUUAGUGUGUGAAUGACUAUAUUAUCUUGAUGAUUUAUUGAAAUCCUCUUUUGUAAUUGCUCAGGCACUGGAGAAAGAAAUCUUUACACCAAAAAAGAAUUCCAAGCAUAAUCUAGUCUGUAGUUGUCUCCCUUUAAUUUAUUUUACCAGCAUUAUUUAUAAAAUAAUUGCAACUGAAAUAUUUGGUGGAAAAAAAAAUUAGCCAAAACAUAUAUUUAAGGUUAUACAUUUGAGAGAAAUAUUAUCAGUGGUUGAAUAGUUUCUUCAAAUUAAAUUUCAACCAUAUUGAAAUAUGAAAUUUUUCUUAAAUCAAUAUAGAUUACCUAUUUCUGAAGUGCAUGUCGGUAUUUUUUUUAAAAGAAUGAAAUAAUAUAUUCGUUUUCUUGAAAAAUGUGCCUCUGUCAUAACAAUCUCACGGAAAAUGAUUCUGUGGCAGUCAUGGAAAAAUCCUAAACAUCUUAAUUUCAGAGAGCUGCUAAAGAUUUUUAGUCCACAUACCUCAGUUGUAUAAUGGUAUAUCUCUCACUUAUCACUUGUAAGAUAUCUCUAUAAAUAUUUGUUUAUUUUAAGUAUUUUUGUUAAUGUUUUUUGAGAAAAUUAAACCUCAAAUAAAGAUAAUAUGAAGAUCUA